AUGGCUACCAACUUCGUCGACCCCCGCAUGACCUCCAUUAAGCCUCGUAUCCGGUACAAUACCAUUGGAGGUGUCAAUGGGCCGCUGGUCAUCCUUGACAACGUCAAAUUUCCCAGAUACAAUGAGAUUGUGUCCCUGACCCUUCCCGAUGGCUCAGAGCGCUCUGGUCAGGUCCUGGAAGCAAGAGGCAACAGGGCCGUUGUUCAGACCAAGGUCGAGUUCACCGGUCACAGCCUGAAGCUGGGUGUGUCCGAAGACAUGCUGGGUCGUAUCUUCGAUGGCUCGGGUCGCGCAAUUGAUAAGGGUCCGAAAGUGCUGGCGGAGGACUACCUGGACAUCAACGGCAGUCCUAUCAACCCUUACUCAAGAGUCUACCCCGAAGAAAUGAUUUCCACGGGUAUUUCUGCUAUCGACACCAUGAACUCGAUUGCGCGAGGGCAAAAGAUUCCUAUUUUCUCUGCUGCUGGUCUUCCACACAAUGAAAUUGCCGCCCAGAUUUGUCGUCAGGCUGGUCUCGUUAAGCCAACCAAGGACGUGCACGACGGACACGAGGACAACUUUUCCAUCGUCUUCGCCGCCAUGGGUGUCAACAUGGAGACCAGUCGUUUCUUCACCCGCGAUUUCGAAGAGAACGGCAGUAUGGAGCGUGUCACUCUCUUCCUUAACUUGGCUAAUGAUCCCACUAUUGAACGUAUUAUCACGCCUCGUCUUGCUUUGACGACGGCAGAGUACUAUGCCUACCAGCUGGAGAAGCACGUACUCGUGAUUUUGACCGACCUUUCGGCUUACUGUGAUGCCCUUCGUGAAGUGUCCGCUGCACGAGAAGAAGUGCCUGGACGACGUGGUUACCCAGGUUACAUGUACACUGACUUGUCGACUAUCUACGAGCGUGCUGGACGGGUUGAGGGCCGUAACGGCUCUAUCACGCAGAUUCCUAUCUUGACCAUGCCUAACGAUGAUAUCACCCACCCCAUCCCCGACCUGACAGGUUAUAUCACCGAGGGGCAGAUCUUCGUUGACCGUCAGCUGCAUAACAAGGGUGUCUACCCGCCCAUCAACGUGCUGCCGUCGCUGUCGCGACUGAUGAAAUCCGCUAUUGGCGAAGGCCGUACUAGAAAAGACCACGGUGAUGUCUCCAACCAGCUUUAUGCCAAAUACGCUAUUGGACGAGAUGCCGCUGCCAUGAAAGCUGUCGUCGGUGAGGAGGCCCUCUCCGCCGAAGACAAGCUCUCGCUCGAAUUCCUUGAGAAAUUCGAACGCACCUUCAUCUCCCAGGGUGCUUACGAGUCGCGCACCAUCUACGAGUCGCUGGACAUUGCCUGGAACCUGCUGCGCAUCUACCCCAAGGAGCUCCUCAACCGCAUCCCCAAGAAGAUUCUCGACGAAUUCUACGCGCGGUCGGGCAAGACCCGCAAGUCGGGCAAGGAUACGAGGGACAACUCGGGUGAACAAGAACAGCAGCAGCAGACGUCUGCACCGCAGACAGCGAACCUAAUUGACACGUGA